CAGCCAGCACCACCCGGCUACUCCCCUCACUACACCCCACACUGCAGCGGGGACAGGCCACAACAUGGCGCCCACACUCACUGCUACUCCUGGAAGGCAGGAGGUAGGGUUCCAGUGGGAGGUGGCAGUGGUGGCAUGAAGCCUGUCCUCCUCCUCCAGUGCUGUCCCUGAAGAUGAUGGAGAGGUUGGGCACCGACAUGGGAGACUCUCAGGAUGUGGCAUCUCCAGCUAGAGAUACAGCAGAGGCGGAGAGCACCAGUGGUGUGGAGCUGAGUGGGGUGAAUGAGGGGGCCGCCCCCAGCUCCCCCCCUAGAGCUGUGCCAGUGAUUGAGCUGCUCAGGAGGGGGGAGGGCUCCACCAAUAUAAAGGCCAGAGAGCAGGAACUGAGACUGCAAAGCCUGAGGACCACCGAACUGUGCAGAGCCCCUCUAACCCCAACCACAGAACUCUGCAGAGCCCCCCUGACUCCAGCCACAGAUCUCUGCAGGACCCCCCUGACUGCAACCACAGAACUCUGCAGAGCCCCCCAAACUGCAACCACAGAACUCUGCAGAGCCCCCCUGACUCCAACCACAGAACUCUGCAGAGCCCCCCUAACUGCAACCACAGAACUCUGCAGGACCCCCCUAACUGCAACCACAGAACUCUGCAGGACCCCCCUAACUGCAACCACAGAACUCUGCAGGACCCCACUUCCAGUCCCUGGACCACUUCUCACUGCUACCACUGAGCUCUGCAGACCCCCUAUUCCACUGACUGGACCCCAAGCUGAGCCCACCACUGAAGCCCGAAUGGUGCAGCUGAGCCCCCCAGCUUCUCUUCCCUUACAAGGAGCUGGCAGAGCCAUGUUGUAUGGACUGAGUCAACCACUGACCCCUGGAAACAGUGGCUACUUCGGUGAUCCGGAAGGCUUCCCGAUGUAUAAUAAUAAUGCGAGGACCAAGAGGCGGUCUGGGCCGUAUGAAGUGGAAGUUACUGAAGGAGGUCCUCACACAAAGGUGGUCCGUCGCAUCUUUACAAACAGCCGGGAAAGAUGGAGACAGCAAAAUGUGAACGGGGCCUUUGCCGAGCUCCGCAAGCUGAUCCCAACUCAUCCUCCAGAUAAGAAACUCAGCAAGAACGAAAUCUUACGCCUGGCCAUGAAAUACAUCAACUUCCUUGCCAAACUUCUCGACGAUCAAGAAGAAGAAGGCAAUCAAAGGGGCAAAAUAAAUAAAGAUAAUGGUAUGGUCCAGCAAGAUCUCCUGCAAGGCAUGUUGUCUCCAAACUCCAGCUGCGGAAGUUCUUUAGACGGAGCGCCGAGUCCUGACAGCUUCAUAGAAGAUCACGAUUCAAUGGACUCCAAACACAACAGAAACCUGCACCAGGCCAUGCUCCCCAUAGAAAGCAAUGGGCAACGGUGACAGCGCUAUGGAAAGAAAGACUCCUACUGACUGUUUCUUGACUAUUCCAUAUGGUUUUAGGCCUUUUUUCAGUAUUUGGGAUAACAAGACAAUUCAUAUCCUAAAGGUACUCUGACAACACCCUCCGAAAUUCCGAAUGAGCUCCCAAGCCAUGGAAGACCAUGGAGACAUCGUGAUGAAGUCUUGACGAAGACCUUCUUGAGAGAGCUUGACCUAUCCAUAAAAAAUACGUAGCACCCUACUCUGGGUAUACCGAAAAAUUUGGACCUGCGUCCAUACUACAACAUGAGACGGGUCCCCUCUAAUUUAAUGACUCAACCAUGAAAUGAGCGCCGAAAAUUUUUAAUGCAAGAGAUGAUCCUAUUUUUUACAGCAAAUGAGAAGAACUUUAACUUUUCAGAUGCUAAUUAACAUAUAAAAAAUAGGUAAUAUUCAAGUAAAGAAGGUCUCUAAGAUAAAAAACAAAAUACAACACUGGCGGCUAAUUUAGGCCUAGGCCUAAGCCUAAAGUGUUGAGACCUGGAAUUUUUUUUGUUCUUUUUUUGUUUUGUUUAUUAAUUGGUACCUAAUAGAAAUAAGGUACAGUAUAUAGAUAUGAAUAUAUACAUUUAUUUCAGAAUCGUUCAGUUCGCAUCAGUAUUUUUACUAUUUAUAAUAGGGCAACAGAAUGUUAUAUGACGUGACAAAAAUUUUUUGGGGAUUAUAUCUUAUAUUUAGGCUUUUUCUUUUUUUUUGGGUUGGUUUGUUUUUGGACAUAGACACAAAGGUUUCCCCUCUGCCUAUACACGUGGCUACAUGUCUCGCUUUUUUAUGCAACCUCAGUGUAGUAAUAGUCGAGCUCCCAUUAAUAUUUACAAAUAGGUCUUCGAUAAAACAAAAACAAAAAAAAUUAAUGUAUCAAUUUAAAUGCUAUUUGUAAUUUUCUGAUACCUUCCAAAAAAGUUUUUAUUAAGAUACCCUUGAAAACUGUAUCAUGGCGGCCUAAUCUAAGCCAGUGUUUCCCAACCAGUGUGCCUCCAGCUGUUGCAAAACUACAAUUCCCAGCAUGCCCGGACAGCCGUUGGCUGUCCGGGCAUGCUGGGAGGUGUAGUUUUACAACAGCUGGAGGCGUACUGGUUGGGAAACUCUGAUCUAAGCCUAAUUUGAAGCUCCAGUGCAAAAUCUGGAACAGCCACCCCCCGCCCCACCACCUACCAUGUCACAUUUAUAAUAUUGGUGUCUCCUUAUGUGGAAGAGGGUCCGGUUGAGACGACUACAUCUGCACCUCUAUUAACUAUGCCCCUUAUUUGCUUGUUGUGGAGACGUCUUUUUCUAUAAAACAUUUGCGUAGGACUAGGAUAUCAACGCCCGUAGAAAAUAAUCAUAUUCUGCCAUUUAAACCAAUGGAUCCAAUAUAGCACAGACAGACAUGUUGCCCAUAGCAACCAAUGUUCUAUCUGGGCUGGAAUUUUGAUUGGUUGCCAGGGGCAACUACCCAAAUUGUUCUAUAUACCAGUCUUCAUCAAUGACAUUCUGUAUGUUAAUACACCCCUCCCCCACCAAUGUCCACCAUCCCAUACCCAAUGUAUGACUCCAUCCUAUAGGAUUUUAAUACCAUGGUAGAAACGUUAUAGAGGGACUGAACAGAUAUAUUGCUUUACCGUCUUUGCAUAGUUUUUAAGUUAUUUCUCUAUACAUAGCUCACUGCAGAAUUCUACUGGUUGCCCUUGGUAACAGACAACAGUACUUCUGCUUGCUGUUGUCAGAUGGCGCCCAAUAAAUCAGAAUUCUGGUCUUAGCUUUAGAGAUGAAUAGAAAAGAAACCAUCAUGAAACUCAGUCAGGGCUUAGGCAAAAGCUAAUUUUUCCGCCCACUUGACUCCACCCAUUGGCCAGCCCCACCUUACUACUGGGGUGACACACUGUAACAAGCCUCCUCCUCAUGUAAUUAGCUUACUACAGGGGUGACACACUGUGACAAACCUCCUCCUCAUGCUGCUGGGUGAGCGAGUGGUUCGGAUGCUGGUUGUCUAACUGGUGGCAGGCAGAGCCAUCAAGAGGGCGCUCUAGGCAGCUGCCUAUUUUGCCUAUAGGCAGAGCCGGCCCUGAACCAUACAAGAUAGCAAAUCAGACAUGUUGUAGACCGCCAUACAUGAGAAAGGAACUAUUUCUCUAUACAUAGCUCAUUGCAGAAUUCUACUGGUUGCCCCUGGUAACAGACAACAGUUCCUCUGCCUGCCGUUGUCAGAUGGCUCCCAAUAAAUCAGUUCCACCAAUCCUCUGACCACAACUAUUCACUGCAACAGGAAACCAGCAGAAUUCUGAUCUUAGCUUUAGUUGCCCAUAUUGGGAGUUGUAGUUGGAAAGUCAUAGUUGCAGACCACUAGGCUAAGUCAUUAGAACUACCACCAGUAUAUGGCAAUGGAGCAAACUACCAACCUAAAUGUCUCAUUUAGUAAAAAUUUUUUUAUUUUGUUGCCCCUGAGAUCAUCCUGACUGCCGGUAUAAGAGAUCCAUAAAUCCACAGGAUCGAUCUGAUAUGAUCUAGUGUCCUGGGUAUGAAAGGUACAUGGACCUUUAUACAUCACAUAUGAACGUUCUGAGGUUCGCAUGAGUUCUCCCUUGUUAUCAGAAGGUACAUAGAUAUAUAUAUAUAUAUAUAUAUAAAUAUAUUUUUAUCCCUCUUUUUUUUUCCUUCGCUUGCAUCGGAUCUCUAUGUAAAUUGACAGCACUUUCCAUUUAUUUGUUGUACUGUUUGAGUAAAGUCUUGAGUUUGUUUUCUGCAAAAAAAUUUUUUUUUACAUUUUUGCAGAAAGUAUGUAACCAGGCCUGGUACCCAUUUAACCAUUCCUCUACAUGUCCAGCAGGGGAAGGGUUAACUUUGUAAAGCCGUUUUCGGCAAUUCUGUCUAUGUGCUAUUUAGAAAAAAAAAUUAAACACAUUUUUUUUUUUGGUAUAUAAUGUCAUAUUGAAAGAUGUUCCUAAAUAAAAGUUCUACA